GCGGAAACCCUUGCGAGGCUCCAACGAAGCAGCCCUUACCUCUCGGCUGGGCACGAAUUGCGUGAGCCAGGUCAGCCGGCAUAUAUUCCAGGGCUAGGAGACAACGUAAUUCGUUUCCUCUACGAUUCCAGGCGCUGAGCUGCGUAUGAGCCAUUCCCAACCUAUGAACGCCAGAUGCGUUUCAGCUUCCCCGUCCUUGCUUUCCUGAUUCCGCGGCUAGGAAUCGCCACUGCUUCUCCAGAGUCACCACCGAGUCAGUGGUGUUCUAGCUUUACCAUAACUCAGCCAAGAUGGCAAAGUCCUGGGACACAUAUAGAAAUAUCAUCGUCGAUCUCUAUGCAGAUCGUACGCUGGCCGAGGUCAGGCAGAUCAUGCAGCGGGACUACGGCUUUGAUGCUUCCACACGGGCGUAUCGGGGCAGGUUGAUCCGAUGGGGCGUCCGCAAGUACAACACGCGGCGGGCAGACGGGUCCGUGAGUGGCGAUGAGGACGGCGGCGGUGCCUCGAGCUUGUCGGAUGCCGACUCCCCUCUGUCGGCGCGGCAGCAUCGGGGGCGAGAGCAUGGGUUUCAUAGCCCUCCGCAGCAACAGCAACAGCAGCAGCAGUAUCACCACCGUAGUCAGAGCGAUAGCCAUGCCCGUAGUAGGGAUAGCCUCCAGAACAGCACCCUUUACAGCUUGGGUUACAACGAUGAUAAUAACAUACAACCACCUUAUUUGUACCGAUACGUCAACCUGGACGGAGACACGAAGACCGGUGGAUCGGGACGCCCGCCAAACAUUGCUAAUCAGCAACCACACACAAAGGCUUCGGAUUUGAGGAGUCAACUGGACAUCGAGGAUGACCUACAUGGCCCAGGCAGCCCGCUUCGAGAGCUUCAGCAGCCAGCCGACAAUCAGGAUUAUCUGAUACCCUGGCACCUACCAAAUGAAACCGAUCAAGACGACAUAUAUGCGCACUCUCCGCAUGCAUCCUUCCAGGCUCCGAGCACCGUCGUUGUCGAGGACAGAGGAGAGUCUGAUCACUCAGCCAGAAAGCAAGGUCAAAGCAGCACUCUUAGUCACACUAUCAGUGAUCCGGACAACUCUUCGGUUGAUGCUGCGCUUACUGACAUGCUCAUCUCAGCCAUGGCCCUCUCAGCAAUGCAACCGCAUGGAUUAUUUCUUCCGCUCGAAAAACUUGAUAGAAUCGUGACUUAUGACCGAGUUCGCCUUAAAUUGGAGCGGGUUCUCAAUAGGCCGUCUUCUGGGCUCGCACAUCAGAUAUGCGACAUCACAAUUCUCUCGAAAACCAGGCUGACCAGCAGGAAAAAGCUAUUUGCAAUCAUGGCCAUAAUUGGUGAAGUUAAUGGCAUGCCUGAGAUUAUUGAGGAGGGCUUGUUCGACAAUGAUUUGCCCUUUGAACUGGAUACCUCGUAUGGGGGGCCACCAGUUCUCGCUGUCCGCAGGGGUGAACAGCUGCACCACUUGACCUUCUGUAGAGAUUGGUCGGUCAGCAGUCACAAGCAUUUCCACGAUAGACAGUGGGCGCUCCAUGCUCCAUUCCUGAAGCUCCAGCAAAGCCCCAUAAACCACACCAAGAGAAGAGGGGUACGACACCUAGUCCUCAAGCAACGCGAUGUGCUUCCCAUCAUCUCAUGUCAAACCUUGAGCCAUUCGGAUUUCGGUGACGUGUACAAAGUCCAAUUUCACCAAGAUCAUCACAUUUUCAUCAAGUCAGACGGAUCAAGUGACAGCCGUCAAAGGUUCUUUGCCUUGAAGAAUGUCCGUGGCGCCGAUAUCUUUCAGGCCAAGAGGAAGUCGCUACAGAUACUUGCAGAUAAAGUGUCCCCACACCUUGUCAAGCUUUUAGGCAGCAUUGAGCAUGGCUCCGAGAACUACUUGAUUCUCCCAUGUGCUCACGGCAACUUGCACAAAUUAUGGGAGGAAUUCCCUCAUGUCCCUCAAGCAGGUAGAGAUGUCGCGACGGGCAGAUGUAUGGCAUCUCAGAUCCUUGGUCUCUCAAAGAGCUUGAGGGACAUUCACGCCUGCAAGCUCGACCAGCGGCCACAAAGCACGAAAUCAUCAGAGGCAGCCCUCAAAUACGGGACUCAUGGAGACAUCAAGCCGUCCAACAUCCUGUGGUUCCUUCCCUCCGACCCGGAUACGCCCAGCCAUGGGUUUGGACUGCUCCAACUCAGCGAUUUCGGAUUAAGCAAUUUCUCAGAUACUCCUGAGGCGAUCCCUGCGAAAGGUGUCACACCUCAAUAUCGACCCCCUGAAUAUGAGGAACAAGUCUCUCUAGUGUCACAGAAGUCUGAUGUCUGGGCCUUUGCUUGCGUACUCGUCGAAAUCUUGACAUGGUAUCUCCGCGGCCUUUCUGGUUUGACACAGUUCGAAGAGUCGAGAAGAAGACAAAGUUAUCACAGAAUUAUGGACAACGCUUACUUCGAAUUGGAAGUGUACCAAGAACUGCCAGUGAAAGCGACAACCCACAGUGCCGUAGAAGAUCAUCUUCAAUCACUAUCUGAGCUUUCAUACUGCCCAGAAUUUGCACUUGACCUCAUACAGUAUAUCAAAGCCCACCUACUGCGAAUCAAACCCCACAACCGGAUGUCUAUGAGACACUUCGUGCCCAUUUUGGAGAACUGGAGCAAGCGAUGCUCAGAUGAUGUGGCUUACGUCACGGGACGUGAGCAAGCCAUGAUUAAGUAUAGGAAACGAACAUUGACGAUGGAGAGCGACAAGUCGACUUACUCCUAUGGCGUGAACUCGGCAAUCGCCAGUCACCUAGGACGCCAGGGCAUGGUGGACGGCUCAACGCCAUCACAACCCUCACGUUUACUACCGGAGUCUACGCCCACAGUCUCGAUCCCUCAGGCUUUGUCUCAGGCACAUGUCAUUCUGCAGGAAAUUGACGCGGGUGAACAGGGAAGUUCAAUGUCUCUGCAGUUUCGUAUGGUAGCAUUCCAAUCGUCGCUGACGACGACCCUCUCCCAUAUCGCUCAGCCUUGAACGAGAAAACCGCGCCCAGCUCCAGGCCAGCUCUGCAAGACUGGUGGAAGGAGGAAGACAAUGCCGGAGUUGGCCAUAACAUGGGCUAGUCACAAGGUGCGGCCCCUGCUUACAGAUUCAGCUCAACUGAG